AGGGUGUCAAUUGCCUCGAGUACAUCGCCUACCCCAACUCCUCUCUCAACGCCGGUGCCGUGCCUUUGCGAUUUUAGAUUUGCAGGAAUGGCCAAUGCUAGAAAACUGAAGAAAGAUGGUCCAGUAUGGUCAAACCUUGAUCUUGAUCUUUGGUUUUUAAUUAUGAUGCAGUUAGGAUUAGUUGAUUUUAUUGCUUUUGGUGGUGUUUGCAAGUCAUGGAGAUCACUUGCGGUCUCUAACUGGAAUAAAUUUAUGUUGGCUAAACAACCCAUGUAUUUGUCCAUCUCUUCUCAUUUGAAUGAGAAAAAGUUUUACUUAGAGGACUACCUAAGGAGAAAACUGAAAACCACCAUUCCCGAUUCCAACUAUGACAUGAUUUGUGUUGGGAUAACUUGUGGUUACUUGAUUUUUUUCGAGACGAGAACCUGUGAUUUUUGGCUUGUGAAUCCCUUCACAAGGAAAGAACUUCGUUUCCGAGGAUUCCCCUUUUGUAUGUAUACUAUUCCAAAACAUAUCAGGUGUAUUCUUGUCUUUUCACCAUCAAUGUCCGGGUGGGUGCUUGUGGUAAUCGACCCCAUAUUUUCACGUAGAAUAGCUUUCUCUUUACCUGGUGAACAAGGUGGGUGGUAUUAUGUAAUAUCCAGUUGCAAUAUCCAUGAUUUACAUUUUUUCAAGGGAAAGAUAUAUACGAUAGACUGGGACAAUGAUUUAUGUGAACUGAGUCUUACUCCAGAGCCCACCUUGACCGUACUCGAAAUGAAGGAUUUUCCAUGGCUGUCACGCAAUAAUGUGCUGCAUUUUGUAAGUUCAAGUGACGACCUUUAUGUGGUGAAUGCAUCAGGAGAUGUGGUGAAUCCAUCAGUGCUGGAAUUUGUAAGUUCAAGUGACAACCUUUAUGUGGUGAAUGCAUCAGGAGAUGUGAAUGAGUCUGUUGAAGUUGAUUUUGGGGAAAUGAAAUGGGUGGAUUCAAAAAGUACAAUAGGAGAGUAUACAGUUUUUUUAUGUAAUUUCAAGUCUGCUGCUGCUAUUAAACCAGAUACGUGGGCAUACCCUUGGACACAGUACGAGAGACUUAUGUACUCCAACGGGAACGGGCAAAGUAAGAAAAGCAGAACAUGUUUAAAGAAAAUGUGGUACUUCCCACACGAUUGCUUGAUUGGUAACGAGUCUGCCCAACAUUAUACCGUCUCUGAGCCACCCACCACCAGUGGGCUUGCAAGGCUGGAAGAUUGACAACAGCACAAAUCAAGUGGAAGUCGGGUGACAAGGGUUGUCCAUCUCAGUCAAGAUCAUGUCAAAGUUAGUCUGUAAAAGAGAACAAGUUUAUGUUUUCCAUGAUUUCUGUUACUGCAUGCAUGAAUUCGUAGAUGUUAGGGUGUAGUUAACUUUCUUUUUGUGUAUUUAAAUUAUGUACUGGAGAAAUUAAUCCGAAAACUCUCUCUUUCCCUUUGAAAUUCUUGGAGAAUUGCCAUCUUGAAUCAGCUCUAUCAGAGACGAAUGCAAAUAGGUCUGAUGCUUGUUCCCUGUCUAGAUAAAACCAAUCAUAUCUAUAC